AUGGAGGAUGAACAAGGAUCGAGUGGGAAAGCAUCGAGCUGGCGCUCCUACCUGAGCGCCCAGAUCGCCGCCAACAGCUGGGCUGAACUAGAACUGUUGCUGUUGACGUUCAACAUCGGCAUCCAAGAUACGACCACGUACCCGGACUACCGCUGCUUUACCUCGAACCAGACGGGCAACACGGUCAUGCUCGCCGUGGCGGUGAUCAAGAACGCCCACACGGCCGACCUCGUCAUCCCGGCCAAUAUCGGGGUGAGCCUGCCGUGUUUCAUCGCGGGCGCCCUCAUCACCGGGCAGUUGGGCAACCAUGUGUUCGGCACCCUCACGCGGGCGUGGGUGAUCGCCAUCAACUUCCUGCAGACGGCGUUUGUGUUUGCCGCAGCGGGCAUCCAGCUGGGAUACGGGGUACGGCAGGAAGGCCCCAUUGCCUUGACCGUCAUCGCCCUGCUGGCUUUCUCCUCGGGCUCCCAGGUCGUCAUGUCGCGCGCCCUCAAGAUCCCGGAGAUCACCACCGCCAUGGCGACCGCCGCAUGGCUGGACCUGGUUGUCGACCCGCGGCUGACGGCCUCCAAGAACCGGUCUCGGAACCGACGGGCGUUUUUCCUGCUUGCCCUCGUGGCGGGGUCGUUUUCAGGGGCUGGCAUUUAUCUCGUCGCCGGCUCGGCGUUAGCUCUUAUUCUCUCAGGGGGGAUCAAGGCGUUGGUGACCGCCAUGCUGUUUUUCAACCCCCCAACGGGGGUUAAUACGGGGGGCGGGAUGGACUCUGCAUAG